CGGAAAAUCUGUUUAUAGCGCUACUUUCAUUUCAUGGACCAAGUAUCGUCUAAAGUGAUACACGAUGUCAGUGGUCAGAAGAAACUUAUUAGUUUCAAUCCAAUUCAGGGUCGAAUCACAACUCAAACUGUCCGGGAUGAAGAAGAAUAUAUGGAGCAUCUGGGAAAAAUAAUACAACGGGAUUUUUUCCCUAGUCUUACUACAAACGAAGAAAAGGGAGCCGAUGAGGAAUCCAGUGAUCUUAAAGAUAGGAGUGCACUUUGUACCGAUUCUCAUAAUCCUGAAAAGAGUGAUCCAACUGCUAUGUCUUUGGAUAAAUACAUGGCCAAUAAUACCACGGAAGAUGAUGCAUCCUUCGCGGAACUAGUUGAAGAAAAUGAAAAGAAGCAGAGAAUUAAACUGGCUCCUUUUUUUCCCUCUCUUCAGUGUUCUGCACCUGCACCUUUGGAUGAUCCAAAAACUUUGGCUCUCCCCGGUGUUUCAAAUGCUGUUGUUGGACCUAGGGUCACAAUUACUGGGAACAAUGCUGUUCAUUUUAAUCCUGAUGGUGUGUCUCAAACCAGGGAGGAAUUGCUGGAAUUUUUGUCAAAGGAACGGAAAAUUGUUCCGACUAAUACUCGCUUCAAGAGACCUUUUCCAGUAAAUCUGGAAAAAAAACGUACAAUGAAACAUUUACUUGCAGCAAAGCUGCAGGGUCGUAUCGGUCUUAAUGGUUUAGAAAUGAGCUCACCAUACGGAACUCCUCAGGCUUCUGGGUAUAAAUUUCUUGAUUCUUCCCCUUCACCAAUGGCAAUGUUUCCUCACACACCUUUGAUGACUUGGGGUGAAUUGGAUUCGACACCUUUCCGACUAGAUGACAGCGAAACGACACCAUCAGUUGUAUCUGGUGGUCCAGCCUUUCGUAUCCCAUCUCCUUCUCAACGUGAACAGCUUGCCCACCAAUUAGCAGAUAAAGCAAGUCGUCAACGUGUGCGUGAUCGUUUGGAAGCAGUUAAAAGAAUGCAGUCAGCAGCGUCAAGUCCGUCACGGUCGCUACUCUCUCCUGCUGCUCUUCGUUUACUCGCUUCCAGCUCAUCGAUUAUAAAUAACGAACCAAACAGCCGACCUUCAACUGGCACUGCUCGUAUUGGUGGGCAGACAUGUUCUCCUCUUCCUAAAGUCAAUACUCCUCGGCGUGUUCCAUCUGAUUUGGGUGUUGUUAGACGUCCGAAUUCAGCACGUUCAACCCCUAAUUGCGAAUCGAUAAAACCGAACACUACUCAUAAGAAAAUUCCUUCAGAACGUGGUGAUAUCCAGGUUGAUAAACCGGAAUCUUCUUCAUCAAUUACAGAUAACCUACUGAAUUUAAAAUGUCAAAAUUUGUGAUUCGUUGUAUUUAUCAAAUUGGAAAAAUUUCAUGUAGAUAUGCCUCCAUUACUAUACUCAGACUCAUAGCAUUGUGUACAGCCUACUGUUUUGGUAUCAUUUUUGAUGAUUUUAUCUUGGACUGGUGUACAUAUAUUCUGGGUUCUAUCUUAUCUAUGACUGACUGGACACAUUGUGAGUUAUCGACUAAUCAGUGACAAGUGCUACUCAGUUUAAUUUACUCAAAUCGGAUUAUUAAUCGAUAUAAACAAAUCCUAUAAAAAUCAAUUUAUUUAGAUGUGGUUUUGACGUACUUUUGGUGUCAAAUAAAUCUUCCCUUGAUAUCAAUACUUUCGUUC